GAUGCACAUUCGACUGGUUUACUUGUGCACUUCUUUAUUUCUCUUCCUCUGCACUCUUCAGUCAGUGCAGUUCUUAAUUAUGGCCUGGUGAUAAAUGUUUGAUGAGGAACAGUAAUCUCCUGUAGUACCCAAGAAUAGCCCUCUAAGUGCUGAUUCAUGUGCAGCAGGCUCCUCCUCAGCUCGUGUGUUUGCAGCAGCAGGAUUAGCAGCAGGUGGCAUCGCCAUCGACAAUUGCUGAGUGAGCCACGGUCAGUCGGUGAGCCACGGUCACAUCCAACAACAAAUGUGAGGCCUUGUUUGAACAUGCGGUGGUCCUGGCCAGGUGUAAUCUGGAUGUGAACCUAAAGUGGCUAAUGUGGUAAAUGGUGAAUAUGGCACGAAUAGCACAACAAAUAUUAUACUUACUUAUUAUCUGGCAGACAUUGAACACAGUAUGUGGGUCAGAUCUGGGCCAAAACUAUUUUAUUAUGUGGAUGUGAGUUUGAAAGGAAAACAAUGGAUUUGAAAAUAUAAGUAAAUGGGUAUACGUACUACUUAUAACAGUAAUAAAAACAUUUAAACCUUUCGCAAUGACAAGUUUGAUUCUUCAGAAUGAGACGAAACAAUACUCACAAGAAAUCUACAUUUAAUCAUUUGAUGAGAGGUGAAUAUAAAUUAUUUGAAAUUGGCGGAUUGUAAUUGAACAUAUCACGUUUGAUUGACAGGCCGUCCUCCACCCGGUCAACAAUAGAAACGGGAGUGGCACAUAGAGAGAAGGCGUGUCCGCGAGCCGCAGCGUCCAAUCAGGAAGCGCGGUGGGAUGGGCCGGGCGGGCUCGUGCUGCAGCGGAGAGGCGGAGCCGCGUUCAGGGGCCGUGCGGACAGAGGAAGCGGAGUCAGAGGAGAGAGACGGCGGGGAUGAGUGCGAGGUAGCGGCGCUGCAGGUACAGUCACAGCCGGAGACGAGAUCCACAGCCGCGGCGACACCGCCUCGGAGCCCCGGAGUCCUCCCCAUCCCCCUUCCAGCAACCGUUUGCGAUGUCCGGUGGGGGAGACGUUCGCGUCCUCCGCCAAGAGGCCGGACAGGAGAGCCCGAGGAUGCCGGCCUGGAAGCGAGAGAUCCUGGAGAGGAGGAAGGCGAAGGGCUCUGGAGCAGCCGGUGCCGCGGAGACGAGCCCCGGCGGCGGCGCGGGCCCGCAGCGGGUCAACGGAGAGGCGACCGGGAGCGUGAACGGCAGCGGCGGUGGAGGAGAUGGAGGCGUUGGAGCCCAGAGAGACGGAGGACCGAGCGGAGGGUCCGGGCGGAAUUACACCAUCACCACCGCCAGCCAACACUUCGUCAACAACAAAGAGACACGACCGGCGGCCGCGGAGACGACGACAUCCAGGGAGGAGAGCCUGGUGCUGCAGGAAAGCCUGGGCCCGCUGGAGGAGAACCCGUUCAUCAAGCUGGAGAAGGAGCGGAGGAGGCGGCAGGACCGGGACAACGCAGCCCGCCCGGUGCAGCACAUCCUGGAGCUGUACGGCAGCGUGCCCGGCAUACGGACCAUCCGCGCCGAGAACAUCAUCAUCAUCGAAUCGGAUCCGGAUUACUUCCCGGAAGCCGGGGCGGUGAAACCCGGGUCCAAGUGGCAGCAGAACGGCGUGAGUAGCUACAGCUCCCUGAACGACCUCCUGGACCAGAGAGGGAGCGCGGUGACCGAGAUAAGAGCCAAGGAGGUGGUGAUCUAUGACACCACGCUGAGCAAGAGUGAGGAGAACCUGAGCACCCUGGGCCGCCCCGACCACGUGACCCCACCGUACGACUCAGGUGAGGGUCCGGGCAGGGUGAGCCGGAUGCUGCAGAAGUUCGACAGCAACUACGGGAAGCUGCAGAAGAAGUCCCACAGCACGGAGAACCUGCUGGAGCUGGACUGCGGUGCCGGCUGCAGGCCGAGACCCUGGCUCAAGCCACAGCCAGAUCUGGUGCCAAAGCCCAGACCGGGCAGCCCGGGCAGCAGCCUCCCGUCCUCGCCCGUCUUCCAGAGCCCCUGCUCUUCCAAACCAAAGCCACAGCCCGCUGCCUUUGAGCCAGGCAGCCCCCAGCGUUCCACAGCCUCCCCACAGUCUGUGUCCUCAUUCCGUCAGCGGUUUGGGGACAGCGGGGGCCCUGGCGUGGCCUCCAGAGAUGAGCCAGACAGGGGGGCAACCAAGCUCACCCGAGAGCGAGACUGGGAGGCCACUGAGGUGUCGCCCAAACCCAAGGUGCCAUGCUCUCCGGAGACCCGUCGUACCCGUGCCGAGUCCCCCUCAAGCCCCAUCUCAUCUAAGGUGACGCGUUCCUCGUCCGACUUUGAGAUCCGUCCCUCCCCAAAGCCGGACCUCAACCAGAUCCCCGAUGGGGACACCCAGGCACGGGCCCUUGCAAACCUGCGCCUGCAGUCCCGCUACACCUUCACAGUGAUCCCCAAACGCCGGCUGGCUGCCAUGCCUGCAACAGGCAGCCAGAUGCCGCCUGGCUCGAUCAAGUCUUCACCGUCUCACAGAGUGGCAGAGGUGCCAGGAGUGCCAACCUCCAUCGCCCCAACACCCAGUCUGACACCAUCAAAGAGGAAGGAGGAGAAGGAGCUGGAAGAGGAGAUGGAGAGGGUAGUCAGGUUAUCCAAGCCUGAACCACCUCCUGCUGUUGCCACAAGUCCUGCACCUCCUCCACCCUCAGAACCUUUAUCUCCAUCACCUGAUCACACCCCAGCUCCCUCCUCUCCUCCUGCCCUGUCCUCACCCCCCUCCUCUGUGGCUGUCCCAUCUUCCCCCCCUUUCUCCCCACCCGCCUCAUCUCCCGUCUCCUCAGACACUCUCGCCCCCCCUGCCCCCUCCCCGGCUCCAGAACAACCUCCCAUGGAUCAGCUGCCAGUCACAAAUAUAGAUGACAUUGAGGUGGAGCCGCCCCAGCGAGUCCCUGUUCCCAGCCCCAUGGUGCAGAGGAGAAAGGGGAACACCUUCACUGUGGUGCCUAAACAUAGGGUGGAUCCCCAGAUGAGCUCACCUGAGCCCCAACAGGAAAGCUCAUCUGAGGCCCCGCCGGGGUCCACACCUCCGCAGGCCCCAUACGCUCAACUGGGGUCCCUGCUGAAGAAGCGUUACCCUGCUGUGGAGGAGAUUGAGGUCAUCGGUGGAUACCAGUCUCUGGCCAAGUCCUGCCUCUCUAAGAUGGGCUCCACGGGCAAGAAGGUGAGAAUAAAAACUGAACUGACGUGUUAUCCUCUCAACUGUUUUGGUGCUAAAUGA